AUGCGAGAGUGGUAUCGGGCACGCGAGGGCCGAGGGCGCAGAGGGGAGGGAGGACCAGCUCGACAUCAGCCAUUUCGGCCCAGGGCGUCUUUUUUCAUUUUCCCCGCGUUGGAUGUCUGGACUUUCUGCCCCCUGCGCCCAGCGGCCGCCCCCGCGCCCAUGCGCUGCCUCGCCGCCGUGGCGGCCGCGGCCGCCGCCCUGCUGCCCGCGGGCUGCCAGGCCCGCGGCCAGCAGGGCUCCCAGACGGCCUCGGGCUGCGACCCCAACAUGCCCAGGGACGACGGGGUGCGCGUCAAGGAGUUCAACCGCAUCUACGGGAAGUGGCCUCCGAAGAUCUCCCUGCCCGGGAAGGAGCCCCAGCGCGAGACCAAGGAGUGGCUGAAUUAUCACAGGAAGAAGGAGGCUGGACUUAUGGAGCUGACGGAUCAUACCCAGCGCUGGGAAUUCUGGCUCGAGCAGGCGCAGAUCCGCUUGCUGAAGAAUUUUACGGAGACUGGCUGGGGGCAGGGCCACAUGGCCAAGAAGACGCACAAGAAGGUGUUGGAUCAUUUUCGGAAGAGUCUGCCUGAGCUGGCCAAGAAGAGUAACCACUCCAUCCCGCUGUACACGACCGGGGAGCAAGUCCUGGUCAACCUCCCAAAUGAUCUUAGCCAGGAAGUCACGGAAGUAGCGAGGUUAAAGAUAGCGGAAUGGGCCAAGGUAGAUGCCAGCACGCUGGAGCCCACGAGCACCUAUGGUAUCCAAAAUUAUUGGAAGGGCAGCACCCUCAAGACGCACGUGGACCGCGUGGAAACGCACAUCCUGAGCGCGGUCUACUGCGUGGACUCCAGCUACCCGGAGGGGGCCGAGCCGUGGCUCAUGGAGACAGACCCCGACGUCACCGGGGUCCACGCGGCGCCACGAGCGAGGAACGUGACAUAUCCAGACCCAUGCCUUCGCGGCCAUGCUAGCGAGGCGGUUGACGUGAAACCUGGUGAGUUGUUUUUCUACGAGAGCGCCAAGCUCGUGCAUGGGCGUCCAACGACUUUGCAGGGGGACUAUUCCGCGCAUAUCUUCAUUCAUUUUCGGCCCUACGGUUGGUCGUUCCAGAAUGUGGAUCGCGUGUACGGUGUCCCUCCAGGUUUCAAUGGUGCUGCCCUUCGAGACAAGCAGGAGGCUGUCGAGCUCUGA